AUGGAGCCACGUGUCGGGUGUCAGUUCCGUCGGUUCCUCUACCAGCACAGCAGACAUCCAUCUGACUCCCUCGCAGCGUCAGUGAGACAAUCCAGCAACGCGUGCUCGCUUGUAGCGUCUCUCAUCACCAAGCGUGACCCUGUCUCAAUUGGCAAUCGGCGUUUGAGAGCGCUGGUAGCGCUGAACCGCUUGUGGAAGGCGUGGACUGGCAAUGGCGCCAUGACGCCUGCUUGCGCGCAGUGGCCGGGCGUCACGUGCGACGCGCAAGGCCGAGUCACUGCUCUGUCUGUGGCUGGUGUGGGUGUAUCAAGCGUCAUUCCCGCUGACAUUCGCAUGCUCACUGCCCUGCAGCAAUUGGAUCUGUCGUACAAUUAUUUCAGCAAGGCCCUGCCGCUGGAUGCAUUCGCUCAGCUCAAGCAGCUUAAAGCCCUAAUCCUUUCAUACAACAUGGAUCUGACAGGGUCCAUCAACGUGCUCACAUCGCUGCCACUGCUGCAACAAGUCGACCUUUCCAACACCCAGAUCAGUGGAUCCAUCCCUUCUGCCAUCUCCUCCCUCUCGCUCCUCCGCCACUUGGACUUGACUCUCACGCAGGUGUCAGGGAGCCUCCCAGCCACCAUGAGUCAACUCUCCGCUCUCUCCUACCUGUCGCUACGGCAGGUGUACAACCUCAAGGGAGCCAUGUCUCAGUACACGUGGCUCUCCCUCCUCACCAACCUGCAGUCUCUGGACAUCACCAGUGCGCACAAAAUCUCUGGGGACCUCUCCUCCAUCUCCCUCUUCUCCUCCCUCCGCUCUCUGCGACGCCUCACAUUCAGCGACAUGCACAUGUGGGGCGAGCUGCCUGUCUCCCUCGCGCUCCUGCAGAACCUCACCUACCUGGACUUGUCUUUUCUCCGUUUCAAGCAGCUUCCUUUCUGGCUCACAGCGCUUUCCGAACUGCGAUACCUCGACGUGACGCACGAGGCCAACCUGCGCACGGGGGCUGUGCCUCAGGACCUCUCGCUGCUCUCCCAUUUGGAGUUCUUCAAGGCCAAUGGCAACGGGCUCGUGGGUUUCCUGCCUGAGUCAUGGGGCUCCCUCACCAACCUCACCACGCUGUCGCUCCAGUACAACCAGCUGGUGGGCUCCAUCCCGCGCCAGUUCUCCUCCCUCCGCUCGCUCAAGACACUCAACCUCGGCUUGAACCAGCUCUCAGGAUCUCUGCCUGACGUCUUCAGCACCACCCUCGAGUCACUGCAGCUGGGGGGAAACAGGUUCGAGGGCAGCAUUCCUUCCUUCCUGGGCUCCCUCACUCUGCUCACCAAUCUUGAGCUGAAGAGCAACAUAUUCACAGGAGCCAUUCCCGCUCAGCUCACAGCACUCACCGGAGUCACCGAACUCUUUCUAAUGGGCAACUUCCUCUCUGAUGGCCUGGACGUGCCCAGUCAAAUGGAGUGGCUCUACAUGCUGGAUCUGACCAACAACAGCUUCAGCGGCUCUCUGCCUGCCUCCUUCUCCCGCCUUACCAGCCUCGAUGCCCUCAUCCUUGCAUAUAACAACUUCGGGGGAACCUUCCCAUCCGUGCUGCUCACCCUCACCCAGCUCGGGCUCAUGGACCUCUCGUACAACAACUUUGAAGGACCUCUCCCAACCGAGCUUACCUCCUUCAAAAACAUCUUGUACCUGUACAUGGAUCGCAACCACAUGGUAGGGGAGAUCCCUCCAGGCCUCUUGCUCUCGCCCACCAUCAUUGAGCUCUCCUUCGCGUACAACAAAUUGCAGGGCUCGCUUCCACCCCACCUCAGCACAAGCUCCUCCCUUUCUAUGCUCAAGCUAGAGGGCAACAGCCUGUCAGGGCCCCUUCCAGACUUCAACGCCUGGCGCAAUACCACGCUCAAUGCUCUGUACCUUGGAUUCAACAACCUCACGGGUCCCAUACCCGAUUCCAUCAGUGUUCUCACCUCCCUCUACACCCUCACUCUGCAGGGCAACCAGCUAUCGGGCUCCCUCCCCUCAGGCCUUGCAGCCGUCAAAAAGCUCAACGUGCUGUGGAUGGCAGACAACGCUCUCUCGGGCCCACUCCCCGAGUUCCUGGGGCAACUCAAUGCCACCGUUCAGCUCCUCUUGGACGGCAAUGCGUUUGAGGGGCAGUUGCCUGCAGCCAUCUGCAACCUCACGGCAUUAGAGGCCAUUGGGUUGAGCAACAAUGGUCUCUACGGCAGCUUCCCUACCUGCUUGUUCAACUUCCCUGCCCUCAACUACGUCGACAUGAGCAACAACUCCUUCUACGGCCCAAUCAACAUGGACUUUGUCGGCAUGGUCCCCAAGCCCACCAGCGGCUACACCAAGCCAGCCGUCAUCAACCUCGCGAACAAUUACUUUUAUGGCGACCCUGUCGUGUACGCGGGGGGCUUUAAGGCAUGCCCCACCCCACGCAUCACCCGAAUCAACAUGUCUGAUCUUAAUAGUCUAGGGGAUAGCGCAGGGGGGAGCAAGCGCAGCGACUCCCAGUCGAUGAAAGAGGCUGUGCAGUGUGUGGCGGCGUACGCUACAGUGCAGGCGAGCUAUAAGGGGAAUUGCCUGUCGGUGAACAGGCAGGCGAAGUGCUCUGUGACGGAGGUGCAAAGGGAUGCACAGGAGUGCGCGGCGUUCUGCAGUGUGACGGACCUGGGCCCGUGCAAUGGGAGGGGGGCGUGUGUGCCGCCUUCACAGGGGGAUACUGGCGGCGCGUUCAAGUGCAGGUGUGAGGCGCCCUACGUCACUGUCACUGUUGACAACAGCUCCACCUGUGCCUUCCCCACUGAGACAACCUCGUCCUCGAUCCCCAUGACAGGCAUCGUGGGUCUCAGCUGCCUGCUGGGAAUCGCGCUGCUGGCGUCCGUGCUCUGCCUGCUGCUGCGGCCCAAGAAGAAGAAGCGAUGGAGCGACCUGGACGUGUGUCAGCAGUUUUCGAUGGCAACGAUGCGCAAGGCCACCAACGACUGGGCAGAGGAGAACGUGCUGGGCGAGGGGGGCUUCGCUGUCGUGUACAAGGGCGUCAACCCUGCCACGGGGCAGCUCUGGGCUGUCAAGCGCAUCACCCUCAUGUCAAAUGACUUUGAAACGGAGGUGCGGGCGAUGGCGAGUCUGCAUCAUGCCAACCUGGUGCGGCUGCUAGGGUUCUGUCACGACAUGGACAUGGAGAGUGGCAAGCAGGAGCAGAUCCUCGUCUACGAGUUUGUCGAGCAUGGGGACCUCUCCUUCCACCUCUUCAAGACACAGAAGCCACUCACGCUGAGGCAGCGGUUGAAGCUGGCGGUGGGGGCAGCGGAGGGGUUGGCAUAUCUGCACGGCUUUGAGAAUCCCAUCAUUCACCGCGACAUCAAGCCCGCCAACAUCCUCGUCGGGGACAACCUCACUGCCAAGGUAGCGGACUUUGGGCUGCUGAGGAAGCUCAAGUUUGGAGAGGGCGAGGGGCGGGCGACCAAGGUGGCGGGCACGCCGGGGUACGUGGAUCCGGACUACAAUCGCACGGAGCUGGUUACCACCAAGAGCGACGUCUACAGCUUCGGCGUCGUGCUGCUGGAAAUGCUCAGCGGGCGCCGGGUCACUGUGGAGGGUGGCACGCACAUUGGCAAAUGGGCGACCACGCUGGUGCAGAGCUACUCGCUCGAGGAGCUCAAGGACCGUCGGAUGGACGCCUCAGAGGAUGCCGUCGUCGAACUCGCAGAUCUGGCCCUUGAUUGCAUCAAGAUGCCCGGGAUCCGACGGCCGGAAAUGAAGGACGUGGUGAGGCGGCUGGAUGCGAUGCUGACGGUUCACACGGUGGAGGAGGAAGACGAGAACGUGGUUGGGGAUCUCUUCUCAGCGUUCUCCGUUGGUUCGGCUGGCGAGGCUGGUUCGGCAGGCAUUGGCGGUUCGGCAGGCACGUUUGGUUCAACCACCACAGGUGGUUCGGCAACCACGAUUGGUUCGGCAGGCGUGCCUGUGUCUGGGUCUAAUGCUACAGGCGCGCCAAGCCAAAGGGAUGAGCGGUACAGUGAAAUCGUCGUGGAGAGGGAAGAUGAAUUUAAACGGCAUUCCUUGGAAAUCCCUCGGUCAAUCCGUCUCUCGCCCCGUCCUGGCCGUCUCGCUUCCCCCUCACACCCUCCCCGCAGCCAUCCGUUGCUGCAGGAAUGCGCCGAGGGGUCAGGUGCGCUCUUCAAUGCCACGUGGGAGCAGGGCGCGCUGACACGUGGCACUGUGAGGUGGACGCCUGCAAGCAACCGGUUCCUCCUGACUCACUGCGUGCGAGGGCAGAUCACCAAUCGUCUGCUCUGCCUGCGCAACCACAUGCUGCUCGCAGGCCUUCUCAACCGCACCCUCAUCAUCCCUUUCCACCGCUCUGAAACCAUCCUCAACUACGACCUGCACUUAGUGCUCGAUCUCGCUUAUCUCAGGUCGUGCAUCGGCCCCACCGUCUUCACCACUGCUGAGUUCAGGAGAAAAUUCAGGCGGCCUGUUCAGGUGUCUCAGGUGGUGUGUUGGCACGGCCCCCCUGGGGCAUGUGCGGAUCAGGUUGAUAACAUUCUGCUGCACUGCCCUGGCCUUGACGAGACGAGGCGAGAUGAUGGGAGCGGGAGCGGUGGGAAUGAUGACGCUGCUGCUGCUGAUGGCGCUGCUGCUGGUGAUGGUGAUGCAGCUGGUGAUGAUGGUGAUAAUGGUGCUGCUGGUGGGAUGGCAAGCGAUGGUGGGAGUGGGAUGGCAGCAGGCACGCCAGGGGUUGUAUUCGACACACGAGUGCCAGUCUCCCACUCGCUCUUCCGCUCUCCUCUCGUGCAUCUGCCUCCCAACACCACCACCCACGCUGCCUGCCUGCCCAUGCUCGCCUCUCCACAGCAGGUGCUGCGUGCCUGGGGCAGCAACCCCUCCCCCGUGCUUGUGGUGGGCGACCUGCUCAACCUGCACGUCUCUCACGCACAUGAAGGGACUUUAACAGGGGGCGCCACACAUGAGCCUCCUGCACAAGUGGAGGAAAACAUGGAUGGAGAAACGCCUCAGCAGUCCCCUGCUGAUGGAACCACCACCACCAUCACAGCACAGCAGCAGCCCUUUCUCGACCUGCCUUUCCGCCGCUCCGCCGCCUGCCCCUCGCCGCUCCUCCUGCGCCCGCGCCCCGCGCUGCUGGAGAGCGCUGAGCUGCUGGUGGGGCGGCUGUUUGGGGGGCGGCCGUUCCUGGCGCUACACUGGCGGCGGGGCGACUUCAAGCCCUGGUGCUUCUGGCGCGGGCCCAAACAUGCUUGCUUCUACCCCGUGCAUCAGGUGGCGCAUUGGGUGGUGGAGAGGGUGAGGGAGAGCGGCAUUCAAGAGCUGUUCCUUGCCACCAACGCCAAGCUCAAGGAGGUGAGCAUGCGUGCGUGCAUGCAUGGCAGAGUGAAAAGGUGA